UGCGACUGCCGGUCGAUCUAAUCAAAUCCGUGCCUAAUUUGUUGGUUUUAAUCGCAAACAACCUAAAACACAACGAUGGAAGUUGUUUCUCAGAAUACUGAUCAUUUGAGCAAGCGAUGGAAUCACUUGCGGAAAAUUCUCGAGCGAUCUGGGCCGUUUUGCCAUCCGAACUUUGCCGCAUCAUCCGAAACAUUGGAGUUUUUACUGAAUACUUGCAAAAUAUUAGUCAUUGGUGCCGGUGGAUUGGGAUGUGAGCUGUUGAAGGAUUUGGCUUUGAUGGGCUUCCGGGACAUUCAUGUGAUAGAUAUGGACACAAUAGAGCUCUCUAAUCUGAACCGCCAGUUCCUGUUCCGUCGGACGGAUAUCGGGAAAUCGAAGGCGCAGUGUGCUGCAAGUUUUAUCAACAACCGCGUUCCGGGAUGCGUCGUGACUCCGCACUAUUGUAAAAUUCAAGACUUUGACUCCUCAUUCUAUCGGCAGUUUCACAUAAUCGUAUGUGGCCUCGAUUCCAUCGUGGCCCGCCGAUGGAUCAAUGGCAUGCUCAUAUCGAUGGUGGAGUACGAAGAGGAUGGAAGUGUGGACGAAACCUCCAUUAUUCCGUUGAUCGACGGCGGGACCGAAGGGUUCAAAGGGAACGCCCGUGUGAUUCUACCCGGAAUGACGGCCUGCAUCGAUUGUACGUUGGACUUGUUUCCACCGCAGGUCAACUAUCCGCUCUGCACCAUUGCCAACACACCGAGGUUGCCAGAACACUGCAUCGAGUACGUGAAGAUUAUUCAGUGGCCAAAGGAAACUCCUUUCGGGUCCGAGGUUGCACUGGACGGUGAUGAUCCGCAGCACGUCACCUGGGUAUACGAGAAAGCCCAGGAACGGGCGGACAGUUUCAGCAUUACCGGUCUCUCCUACCGGCUGGUUCAGGGUGUGCUGAAGAACAUUAUACCGGCCGUUGCCAGCACAAAUGCUGUGAUUGCUGCUAGCUGCGCUACCGAAGUGUUCAAAAUAGCAUCGAGCUGCUGCGAGCCGUUGAACAAUUAUAUGGUGUUCAACGAUGUCGACGGAAUCUACACGUAUACGUACGAGGCGGAGAAGCGAUCAGAUUGCUUGGCCUGCAGUCAGGUGCCACGGUCGGUGGAAAUCACGGAUCCAAACAGUAUGACUUUACAAGAUCUGAUUCAGCACCUGUGCGACAAUCCGGAAUUUCAGAUGAAGAGUCCGGGACUGACGGCGAUGCUGGAGGGUAAAAAUAAAACGCUCUACAUGGGAACGGUGAAAAGCAUUGAGGAAGCUACGAAGGGGAAUUUAACUCUGUCCCUUACCGAACUCGGGUUGAAAGAUGGACAAGAAAUAAUGGUGGCGGAUGUGACAACACCGAACACGAUUCUCAUCAAACUUAAAUUUUUACCGAUUGAAGUGGAAAUGUCAUCGUAAAUAUUUAAUUGAUUUCCAUUGUUAAACAAGUUAUUAUGAAUAUACGUUUCUGAAGAUUGAAA